AUGAACAGUGUUAUCGGUACUCUGGAGAAAUCCCGACUGGAGGACGACGACGUCGAUGAUGUAGAGGACGAAGAGGAGGAGGACGACAACAAUGCGUACAUCAACGAGGAGACGGAGAUCGGCGCAGAGCAGGUGCUCAUCUCGCACGCACCAGCGGAACGAAUCGUCCCGCCGCUGAACUUCUGCCCUGUCGAGCGGUUCCUGUACCGGUCAGGACAGCCCUCUCCCGUGAACUUCCCCUUCCUGCUGAACUUGAACCUCAAGACGAUCAUCUGGCUCGCGAACGAGGAACCACAGGACAACUUCAUCGAGUUCUGCGAUGCGAACCAGAUUGGUCUGCAGUUCGCAGCGAUCAACCCGGACGGCGGGGAGGACGACAACCCAUGGGACGGACUCACGGAACACUCCAUCAUCAACGCACUCAAGACCAUUGUCUGCGACGAGCACUACCCGCUGCUCGUCUGCUGUGGGAUGGGCAGACACAGGACGGGCACCGUCGUUGGAUGCCUCCGCAGGAUCAUGGGGUGGAACUUGGCGAGUGUCUCCGAGGAGUACAGACGGUUCACGGGCAGCAGGGGGGGCCGAUCCUCGUCGAGCUGCUCAUCGAGGCCUUCGACACGAACCUGGUUGCAAUUGACAGGGACAGAGCACCCAAGUGGCUGCUCACGGCGAUGUGACAAGUACCAAUAG